AUGGCAUCCCCGGCGCCCCGGCCUUCAUUCGAAAGUUCCUCCCCCAUAUCGCCCACUCGCACGAGAAACGAUUAUCCCUUUCCCAGUCUGAGGCCGGGCUCUAGUGGGAGAUUCCAGCGCCGGAGAGGUUCCACGGCCAGCUCGAUACAUUCAAUCGCGGGUUCUAUAGGGGGAUCAUUAGACACGGCAUUGCAUUUGCAUGGUCUGGUUGAGUCCAGUCAAAAUGCUAUAUCGACCCUCCUUCAACCACCCAUAGUCCGAACAGGGCUUAUUCCCCACACAUCUGCUCCAGCUUCGAGUGCACAUAAACCGCCGACCACUCGAGACAUUCCUCCCGUCACUCUUACGAACAUUCCCCAUGUCGACCCGUCCGAAUUCAAGUCGUAUCUUACUCAAGUGGGGGGGCUGUAUGAAGCACUACAACGCGCUAAAGAGAAUGAGGACGAAGAUCCGACCCAGAUACUUCGAAAAGGCAAAAAGGGCGACGAAUUCGCAGACCUCCUUGAUCAAGGCCGAAAAGCAAUAAGUCGGCCGAAUCUCUCUCGCAAAGCUUCACUAGCCUCUCUAGCUUCUUCCAUCGAGACACCGUCCAUACGAAGAAGGUCGAGUGGGGGAGCAGGCAGAAGAGCGCACGCGAUUACACCUCUCUCUACAAUACCUAAUGUUUAUUUCGAAGAAGACUUCCAUCUCGAAAAUCCUCGCACAUUUGAUGUUGUCAGUGAAAGGUCCGAAGUCGUCAAGCCCACAGCGGGAUCGCCAGACCAGCGGAGAACCUCCAACGCGAAUGGGAGUACGCUGAACCCAAGAAAGGCUUUAGCGACCAACGCUAUUCUGCAGGAAAAGCUAUCUUGGUACAUGGAUACAAUCGAGGUGCAUCUCAUCUCGUCGAUAUCAACUGCAUCGACAUCUUUUUUCGCUGCUUUGGGGUCUUUACGUGAACUUCAUUCUGAGGCAGCCGAGUCUGUAGAUCGCAUCAAGACGCUGCGAACAGAGUUGGCAAAUUUGGAUCAGGAAAUGGCCGUAGGGGGUCUCAGGAUCGUGAAGAAGAGGCGAAGGAGGGAAAAUCUCAAAAAGCUAAGUGAUGCGGUUCAGCAGCUGAAGCGAGUUGUGGAAGCCGUUGCGACCUGCGAAUCUCUUGUAGACGAGGGUGAGAUGGAAAAUGCGCUAGACGAACUAGAUGGCUUAGAAAGGCUAAUCGCAGGCGAGAGCAAAAAAACCGAUAUCCAGCUUCGGGAUCUCAGAGGCGCGACAGCUUUGAAAGGGGUCAAUACUGACCUCGAUUCUUUAAGAUUACGAAUUGGGAGGGCUUACGAGACCAGAUUUUUGAAUGCUUUGAUGGGUGACCUCAGGCAUCAUGUUGAGUCUGUUUCGACUGCUGACACUUUACAACGCUGGAGCAGCUCCUCACAGCGCGUUAGAGGUAACCUUAUCCGAGAGCCAUCUGCAUAUCCAGCGUACUUGGCGAUGGGCGAGCAGUUCAGAACGGAGCUAUUGUCAAAUCUGAGUGGCUUGCAUCGGGCUCGCCAUAUAACUCCCGCCGCCACUGCUUUCCGCGAGUCGGUUUUACGAGAGGUCAGAAACAUCAUUAGGCGACCGAUGCCUGCGUCAAAUGAUGAUGAUGCGGUAUCAAUCAUGUCUGCGUCCACCGUUGGGGGAGGAAGGCAGAAGAAUGCGCAAGACAAGUCAAUUAUGCUAGCGAGGAAUCUUCGGGCAUUGGAUCCCGAAGAUGCUGAAGAACUUCUGAAGAAGACAUAUAUCGGCGUUGGCGAGACUCUGAGGAGAUUAGGGGCGCAAGUCAAGGUCUUGUUAGACGUGACCAGCACUCUCGGAGAACCGCCCUCUGAGUUGAUGUCUCCUAGGUCUCCCAAAUCACCUCCGAGAAGUCCAAAUAUGGUUGCAAUCGAUGGCCGGUUGAACUCGGGUCGUCUAAGAGCAAGCUCUGUCGUGGAUAUCCAGGAAGAAAUGCACCUGACACUCGACAUGUCCAAUCUUCUUGGCCAGGCAGUCGAUAUCGCUCAAGAGAAGAUCGUCAAAGUUCUGAGGGUAAGGUCCGCGCAGAGCACGCAUUUAUCUGUGGAUAACUUUCUUCGUUACUUUACACUAAAUCUGCUCUUCGCCAAUGAGUGCGAAGCGGUAUCUGGGCGCGGUGGAACGGCCCUAAAGAAUGUUGUCAAUGGGCACAUCAAAGAUUUCGUGCAAAACAUGAGUGAAUCUGAACGUCAAGCAUUGGCUACAGGAAUGGAAGCGGACCCUUGGAAUGCCAGCGACUUCACCGAUGCCGACAAGGAGGAGUUGACUCGGAUACUGUCUGCUAGCACCGAAGAUGCUGAAGCCUGGAUCUCAGGAAGCAAAAUUUGGCUUCCUCCUGCUAGUCAAUCACCGCCGAGCACUCUUGCAAGCAUGCUUGUAGGACAGGUUAACGGUGAUUCUGGAACUUCAACACCCCCCGGGGCUUCUUCCAAAGUCACCAACCGAUCCGCCGUUAUUGAAAGUGAAACGUUUAUUCUCCCAAUCUCCGCUAUCCUUUGUCUCCACGGACUCUCAUCCUUCCUCCACCUGAACACCGGCAUUCCCUCAAUGACGACCGAAAUAGCAAGCUCUAUUCUCUCCUACCUCACACUCUUUAACUCCCGCUGCACCCAACUCAUUCUCGGCGCCGGCGCAACCCGCUCCGCCGGCCUCAAAAACAUUACCACCAAACACCUCGCUCUCGCCGCUCAAGCCCUAUCCUUCAUCAGCAGCCUCAUUCCUCAUGUUCGCGAAUUUGUUCGCCGCCAUGCCGGCUCCGGCUCCGCCGUCUCCUCCCUCAUGGCCGAGUUUGAUAAGGUCCGCCGUGCCUACCUCGAACACCAGCAGUCCAUCUACGACAAACUCGUUGAUAUUAUGGCUGGUCGUUCAGCAUCUCACGCUAAAGCAAUGAAGCUGAUAAACUGGGAGUCGGCUGAUGACGGGGCCGUGAACAAAUAUAUGGAGACGCUGACGAAAGAAACGAUUACGCUGCAUCGGGUGAUGAGCAAGCAUUUGCCGGACAUGGCGGUCAAGAUGAUUAUGGAACCUGUGUUUAAAGGUUAUAUGGAGCAAUGGGGGAAGGCCUUUGGGGAUGUAGUGCUGGGAAGUGAGGGUGCGCAAGCUAGGAUGCUCCGUGACGCGGAAUCGUUCAAAUCCAAAAUUGGAGGUCUGGACGGUGCAAGCGAUGUAGGAGACCGCCUCGUCAACCUCGUCAAGAGCAAAAAUGUACCGAAAGCUAAACCCCCCACGCCGCCUCCUCCGGCAACAGCAGAGGAACAAGAGACAAUGACGAAUGGAAAGAGUACUACCGAGGUGCCACCCGAUUCUGAGGAAGUGGCUGAGUUGGAGAAGCCUCGAACGAGCGGGGAGACGAAAACCUGA